AUCAACGAAGCGCAUGCGCCGUCGCUUUGUUUACGUAUCUAUAUGUAUAGUUACCGCGCGCCUAAAAUUUUGAACGGCGCGCAGCGGUUAUUGUUCAUGUUUGGGUGCAAAACUAUAUAUGCAUCAUGGCUGAUGACGCUUCUUGCCAAGUUUUCCGAAUAAAUAAACAGCUUUCUAGUUUUUCGCAAGACGGUAGAUUUUUAGCUUUAGCCAAUCAAACUAAUUUAUUCAUUAAAAACACCGGAACCUUUGAUGAUUACUUGACGUUCGUUUUUCCCGACAUUAUUGAGGAUAUCGCAUGGUCCCCGGAUAGUGAAUAUAUAUUGUGUUAUAGCACUAAAAAGGCUAUUAUUCAAAUUUUCUCAGUGUGUUAUCCUGAAUGGAAAUUCAAACUGACAGAAGGAAGUGCUGGCCUGGACAGUGUCUUGUGGGCACCAGACUGCAAACACAUCAUCACUGUUGCAGAUUUAAAAGUAGAAUUAUGCAUCUGGUCCUUGAUUGAUCAUAGUGUCAUUCAUAUAGAAGAUUUAAAAUCAAGUACAAAUAAAGGCUUUGAAUUCAGUCCAAAUGGAAAACAUUUAGCAGUCAUAGUGAGCGAUAAUGGACAGGAUACUGUUGAAAUUUACAAAACAAAAGACUGGAAGCUGAGUAGAAAACUAAUUUGCGAAGGACUGGCUUGUAUAGAUGCUCUCUGCUGGUCUCCAAACAGCGAAAUCAUAUGCAUAUGGUGUGCGAUCAGUGGCUUGGCAAAAAUGAUAAUCUACUCUACGGUGACGGAGAGUUACGAGGCGAUUUUCCAGCCAGAUGACAACAAAAGAACUUUGGGCUCAAAGGAGAGCUUAACGAGUUGCAAUCACUUCGACGAAAAGUUGAGAGGUUUGGAACUGGUAAAGUGGAUGCCAAGUGGACAAUUACUGGCAAUAUCGGGACACAAUGAAACGAUCGUUCUUCUGAAUUGCCUCACGUGGAAUCCAACUUUACAGUUACGUUUGGAACCAAUCGUCAAAGGAGGCAAUUAUUUAAGUAGAGUAUUCAAAGAAUGUAUACUCAAAGAAUCGAAGGAUUCGAAUCGAGCGACAGAAAAAACGCCGCCUUCUAACGAUAAACACAUUAUGGAGGAAGUCGGCAGUCGUCCUGUAAACAUUCCUAUUGUUAAAACUGUAACAUACAUCGGAGGCGAUUCAUCGACAUUAGCAAUUCACACGAUAGACAUUAUGGAAUUCAGUGCUUGCGGUCAGUACUUAUCUAUAAGACAUCGAAUAUAUCCUGGAGCUUUGUGGGUUUGGGAUGUCAGGACGAACGCCGUCGAUAUUAUUAUACUGCAAAAUAAUAUUUCAGCGAUCAAAUGGAACCCAAUUAAUCCAAGACUGUUGAUUUUCACCGAAAGCACUCAUAUGUAUGAGUGGAAUCCAGAUGAAAUAUCAUGCUCGAGUACUCCUCGAGGAAUGACGGUACUCGAUGCCCGCUGGCAUCCAACAAGCUCUAUCGUCGCUCUUUGCGGUUACAAUCGUGCCGUAAUUUAUCGCUUUGAUGGACAAAAAUAAAAAUACGUUAUACCAUAUUGUACUAUAUAUUUAAUUUUUUGUAUUUAUUAUUUUUAAUUGUAUCCAAUUUGUAUGAACAUUUUAAAUAUAAAAAUACUUUUAUAUGACUUUUGAUGCAUUUGAUUAGUUAAGUAAGCUACUAUUCAAAUUGCAUGUAAUAAAAAAAAAAUAAUUGUAAUAAGUAAUAAGUAUAAUGUAUUGGGAGUUUAAACUUGGUUCGCGCGCUUGAAGGUUAACAAAGAUGGUGGCCAGAAUGUCUCCGAAAUACACAGGGCUCUUAUGGAGCUUCAUUAAAAAAAAUGUAGUAGAAUUAUAAACUUUUACACGAUAAAAAAUCUUGUCAGUGUCCUUACACACUCCGUGUGAAUAGAGUGAGGCUACACUGUCAUCAAGAAACAUGAUAGAAGGCCAGAACGUUAUAAAUUCUGUCAUGAUUAACGUGUAUGGUGCUCCGUAAAAGCUCCAGAAAAAUUACGAAGAACUUGUUUUACAAACAAGUUCUUCGAAAUCCAAGCCUUAUCUGAUCACAGGGAUAUUAUUAUUAAUAUGAAAACGAUAAAAAUGACGUAGAAGUGGUAGUUAAAAAAAUGGACUGUACGUACUCUUGCUCAGAUACUCAAAAUAAAUUUUUUAAAGUCAAUUUGUAGUAAAUAUCGUUCCUUUGCUAAGUACUUAGUAAAAACUCAAUGACAGUUUCUGCAUUUUGGAAUUACAGUCCUUGAGGAACGAAUGAGUGCAGCAGACUCUUUUUUUAGUA